CGUAGCCGCGUUGGAUCAAGACGGUUCGGCUGUGUCCCGCGCGCCGUCAGCUCGAGCGGUCCACGCUUCCUAAAGAAACGGCCCAAGCUUGUUGUCCGAACCGUCAUGGCGCGCCUGCGGAUUCCGCUGCUUCUGGCGCUCGUCGUGAAGCUGAGCCCGCCAGCAGGCGCUGCGAAGGCUCCGGGCAGCACUCAGCACGUGUCGCUCCAGGCUGCCGUCUCGUCCAACGGCGGCGCCUUGCUCGAAGCAGAUGGCUCCAGGCUGAGGAUGAAUCGGCGCGAGGCGGAGGGGGAGGAUCCCAAGCCGUGCACGCGGGGGGCGCAGGGCCCGUCGGGCAACCUCAUCGUCGGCGUGCACGGCCCGCCUGGCGACGGCGGGGCCAUGGGCGAGCAGGGCCCUCAUGGCGCCCCAGGCCCGCGUGGCCGCUCUGGUGCCAACGUGGCCGGACAUGCCGGAGCCGACGGCCCACCUGGCCCGCAGGGCCCGCGCGGACCUCCUGGCCCAGCAGGCGUGGAGGGCCUGCAGGGCCCCCGUGGCGAGGCCGGCGCCGCGCCGGAGAUCGCGGACAAGUAUGAGAAGCUCCUGGACCACGCCGCGGUUCGUGUCAAGGGCUUCGAGGAGACAAUGUCGCUUUCCAGCAAGAACUUCUCCUUCAGGAUCGUCAGCCUGUUCCAGCGGGUCUCUAACUACACAGUCAAGCAGGCCUCGAUCCAGAACAUGUCGGAUGACUUGAACGUCACGCUCAUCAAGGACAUCGUCACGCUCUCCUCCGCGGUGUCGCUCAGCAACGGCGACAUGUUCAAUUUCUCUCGAUAUAGCGCGCCGACUGCCCUUCGGGAUGCGGAGAGCAUGCUGCCCGUGAUGGUCGCGAUGAAGCAGCAGGUGGCCACGGGCAGCGGCAUGGCCGUGGGAAGUGGCGCCCCCGCGGCCCAGUCGAGUUCGAAGUCCGAGGACUCCGGCGGCUGGACGCUCACGAACGCGCUCAUGCUCGGCGUCGUCCUGGUCGUGGUCUCGAACGUCGGGCAGUACAUGUACAACAAGAACCAGCAAGCUCCGGGCAGCACUCAGCACGUGUCGCUCCAGGCUGCCGUCUCGUCCAACGGCGGCGCCUUGCUCGAAGCAGAUGGCUCCAGGCUGAGGAUGAAUCGGCGCGAGGCGGAGGGGGACGAUCCCAAGCCGUGCACGCGGGGGGCGCAGGGCCCGUCGGGCAACCUCAUCGUCGGCGUGCACGGCCCGCCUGGCGACGGCGGGGCCAUGGGCGAGCAGGGCCCUCGUGGCGCCCCAGGCCCGCGUGGCCGCUCUGGUGCCAACGUGGCCGGACAUGCCGGAGCCGACGGCCCACCUGGCCCGCAGGGCCCGCGCGGACCCCCUGGCCCGGCAGGCGUGGAGGGCCUGCAGGGCCCCCGUGGGGAGGCCGGCGCCGCGCCGGAGAUCGCGGACAAGUAUGAGAAGCUCCUGGACCACGCCGCGGUUCGUGUCAAGGGCUUCGAGGAGACAAUGUCGCUUUCCAGCAAGAACUUCUCCUUCAGGAUCGUCAGCCUGUUCCAGCGGGUUUCCAACUACAAAGUCACUCAGACCUUGAUCCAGAACAUGUCGGAGGACUUGAACGUCACGCUCAUCAAGGACAUCGUCACGCUCUCCUCCGCGGUGUCGCUCAGCAACGGCGACAUCUUCAAUUUCUCUCGAUAUAGCGCGCCGACUGCCCUUCGGGAUGCGGAGAGCAUGCUGCCCGUGAUGGUCGCGAUGAAGCAGCAGGUGGCCACGGGCAGCGGCAUGGCCGUGGGAAGUGGCGCCCCCGCGGCCCAGUCGAGUUCGAAGUCCGAGGACUCCGGCGGCUGGACGCUCACGAACGCGCUCAUGCUCGGCGUCGUCCUGGUCGUGGUCUCGAACGUCGGGCAGUACAUGUACAACAAGCCCCGCCUCCGCACCGGCGCCGCGCGGCCGGAGGCGAAGAAGUUCAGCACCAACACUGUCGACACCUCGCACAUCCUCCUGUCCAUCUUCAAGCAGGAGAAGGAGGAGGGAGUGGCCAGCUUCUGCGAGAAGCUGAGCAUCGACCCUCAGAGGGUGCCCGAGGAGAUCGCGCUCGAGCUCGGGCAGCUGCAGACGGCCGCCGAGGGCGAGGACGGCGCCACUGGCCAGGGCGGCCCCAAGAAGAAGUCCGGCGCUUCUGCGCUGCUGGAGUUCGGCAAGGACCUCACCGAGCUGGCCGCCGCGGGCGAGAUGGACCCGCUGGUUGGCCGCGAGGAGGAGAUCGAGCGGGCCAUCCAGAUCCUGGCGCGCCGUCAGAAGAACAACCCGGUGCUCAUCGGCGAGCCUGGCGUGGGCAAGACCGCCAUCGCCGAGGGGCUCGCGUUGAGGAUCGCGCAGGGCAUGGUGCCUGACAUGCUCGAGGACAAGCGGGUCAUCGAGUUGGACCUCGGGCUCCUGCUCUCCGGCGCCAAGUACCGUGGCGAGUUCGAAGAGAGGCUGAAGAACAUCAUCACCGAGGUCCGGGAGAGCGGCAACGUCAUUCUCAUGAUCGACGAGAUCCACACGCUGGUGGGGGCCGGGGGCGACGGCGGCGGCGGCGCCAUGGAUGCGGCCAACAUCCUGAAGCCAGCCAUGGCUCGCGGGGACGUCCAGAUCAUGGGCGCAACCACGGUGGAGGAGUACCGCAAGUAUGUGGAGAAGGACAAGGCGCUAGAGCGCCGCUUCCAGCCCAUCAGCGUGCCCGAGCCAACCGUCGACCAGACCGUGCAGAUCCUCCGGGGGCUGGCCCGAAAGUACGAGGCGCACCACAGGCUCCGCUUCACCGACGAGGCCCUGUCUGCGUGCGUCAAGCUGUCCUCGCAGUACGUGCAGAACCGCUUCCUCCCGGACAAGGCCAUCGACGUGCUCGACGAGGCUGGCGCGCGGGUGCAGCUGCGGCAGCUGGCGAGGAUGCCGGAGGCGGCGAAGGAGGUGCGCGCGGAGAUCCGCGAGGUGCAGGAGCAGAAGGAGAAGGCCGUCCGCGAGCAGGACUACGCCGCGGCGGCUGAGCUCCGGGACAAGGAGGGCGAACUGCGGAACAGGCUGAAGGAG